UUGCGUGGAAGGACGUGUUUUGGGGCUUUGUUCACCCGCGCGGCUGUCUCGCUCAACCCGGAAGUUGUCCAAACAGCAGACAAUUAAGAUGUUGACACGCUUUGAUGCCGUGCGUGUUGACCUUUGACCUGCUGUUAUCACGUGUUUCCUGCUAUGUGGAAGCCUUGGAUGAACUUUGACUCCUUGUGCGUCGCUGAGAGCUAAGAAGAACAACAACAAAUCGUCUCAAGAUGCUAUUUUCUUCUUUUUUCCCCUUCUUUGUAGUUUGGUGUUUCUCCAGCGGGCGGCGCCGCGACUGUUAAAGUGACUUUAUAACACUUGUUGCCUAGCAACCUCAGCUGUGUACUGAGCAUGGAGCGGAGACGUCACCGCGUCAGGCACGAGCAGGGUCCUCCAGGGCCCGAGCACCAUUACUGGACUCAGAACUACAGCGGUCCUGUCCAGAACCUUGAGACUCGCCUGGAUCAGCAGCAACCCCCCAGCAGGCGAGGAUACGACCACCAGGCGUACGCUCCGUGGGACUACGGCGCCACCUACGCAUACCAUGACCACUACAACGCAGACCACCACGCCUCCUGGUGGCCUCAGCCCCAUCAUGGCAGGACAUCAAACUCCUACAGUCAUUCCAAAAGGGCGUCAUGUGACCUCAGAGACCAAGCGGAGCGUGCGUCCAAAGACUCCUUACAAGCUUCCACAGCUUCAGGAUUCUGGUGCAGCAGCAACGAGCUGGGUCAGUACAGCAACGAGCUGGGUCAGUACAGCAACGAUCCGGGUCAGUACAGCAACGAUCCGGGUCAGUACAGCAACGAGCUGGGUCAGUACAGCAACGAUCCGGGUCAGUACAGCAACGAUCCGGGUCAGUACAGCAACGAGCUGGGUCAGUACAGCAACGAUCCGGGUCAGUACAUCAACGGGGGCCAACAAGUGGACUCAGGUCCCAGUCGCUCGGCGGCUCCUCUCAAGUUCUCCAGCCCUCACGCCGUGGCCAGCUUUGGACCCGCAGGUCAGCUGGUGCGGGUGACGCCCGGGCGCUGGGCACAAGACCACCUGAGCCACGUGGAGAUUCACAGUCUGGAGGUCAUCCUCAGGGAGAGCCAGGAACAGCAGGAGAUGAGGAACUUUCCAGGACCUUUGACUCGGGAGGGCUUGCACAAAGUGGACGCCAUUGACUUUGCCCGCCAGAGGGCGCUCGCCUGCAGCAAAGAUGACGACGUGCAGGACAGGAGCUCUGCCGCCCUCUUGUGGAACAUCCUGGUAUUGUUGUGCAGGCAGAACGGCCAAAUAGUCGGCUCCGAUGUGGCGGAGCUGCUGAUGGCGGGAUCGCGCUCGGACGGAAGCGUCGCGCCCGCCGAUGUGGCGCUUAUCGACUUCAGCGAGGACAAUGUCGCCCAGGCGCCCCCGAGCCUGGGAGACGACCUCCUGACGGGCAGCUGGAGUGCGGCCAUGUCUAAGAAAAGUCUGCACGGCUACACUCAGCUGCUAUUGGCCGGGAGGAAGAAGGAGGCUCUCGACUCGGCUAUGGGCGGCGGCCUGUGGGGACACGCCCUCUUUCUAGCCAGCAAAAUGGACGCGAGGUCCUACACCACCGUGCUGGACAGGUUCACCGGGCAGGUGAGCGCCGGCGACCCGCUCCAGACCCUCUUCCAGCUGCUGUCAGGCAGAAUCCCAGCCGUCGCCACGUGCUUUGGCGGUCUCAACCGGGCCAACUGGCGCCCUCACCUGGCCGUGAUGCUGUCCAACGAGACAGGAGACCCCACCCUCCGGCGGCGAGCCGUGGUCGCCAUGGGAGACACGCUAGCCUCCCGAGGCCUGCUGCACGCCGCCCACGUCUGCUACCUGACGAGCGGCGUUCCUUUCGGCGCCUUCGGCGAGACGACGGCCAGGAUGGUCCUGCUGGGCCGUAGCCACAAGGACACCUUUCGGCGCUUCGCCUCCGACGCCGCCAUCCGUCGCACCGAAAUAUACGAGUACUGCCGGACACUCGGCGCCAAACACUUUUCCAUCCCGUCCUUCCAGGUCUUCAAGUUUCUGUACGCAACUCGUCUUCUGGAUUGUGGACUGGCUUGUCUGGCGUUCCACUACUGUGAGGUUGUGGGCCGGAGCCUCCUCACGCAGCCAGGAGGCUUCCAUGUUCUGACGGAGGAGCUCAUCAAGCUGGCCGAGCGCCUCACACACAUAGAAGGUCCAAUCAGUGCGGAGCCAAGAUGGCUGACAGAACUACGGUCCAGACUCCAUCGUUUACUGAAGGAAGGUUCUGACAGGACUGAGGUCCAACAUCCUCAAGCUGAAGAACACGUCAGCAAGUUCUCAGAACCUGACACCAGUGCAGGAGCAGAACCUCCUCACGGCAGCAGAACCACGGGGGGACACGCUUUGGGACUAAAGUCGUCCUGGAAUGUCGAAGGAGCUCAGGGAUGGACUCAAACUCCUCACACCUGCCCUGCAUCCUGGGACCCACAGAACACACUUGGUGCUGCAUCCUGGGACCCAGGUGUGGACCGCAUCACCUACCCUGCAUCCUGGGACCCACAGAACACACUUGGUGCUGGUGUCACCUGCCCUGCAUCCUGGGACCCAGGUGUGGACCGCAUCACCUGCCCUGCAUCCUGGGACCCACAGAACACACUUGGUGCUGGUGUCACCUGCCCUGCAUCCUGGGACCCACAGAACACACUUGGUGCUGGUGUGGACCGCAUCUCGCCGUCCUUAUCUGGGCCGUCCUUAUCAGCACAGUCUGUGCCUUCUGGAGCGACGCAGGUGUCAAAUGCUUCUUCGGCCAAUGAGCGGACCGACCAGAGCACAAAGUCCGGAUGGUUCCGUGGAUGGUUCAAGUCCAAAACCCCCGACAUUCAGGAUUGAUCGCAGGAAGUGACAUCAUCACCUGACAGCUCUGCUUUAUAGCAGGCAGCAAGAUUGCACUUGAUUACGUUUACCACAGCAGCGAUACACACACUUGAAGAAGGUAAUAAUACUUCAAAGAGUAUAUACCAAUAUACAAAGUUGUCAGGUUGUGUAAAUGGUCAAUAAAAAGAGAAUACAACAAAUCCUUUUCAACUUAUAUUCAAUUGAAUAGACUGCAAAGACAAGAUAUUUCAUGUUCACACUGACAAACUAAAUAAUCAUCAACUUAGAAUUGAAUGGCAGCAACGCAUUGCAAAAAAAGCAUUUUUACCAGUGUGUUACAUGGCCUUUCCUUUUAACAACACUCAGUAAAGGUUUGGGAACUGAGGAGACACAUUUUUGAAGUGGAAUUCUUUCCCAUUCUUGUUUGAUGUACAGCUUAAGUUGUUCAACAGUCUCCCUUCUCUUAGUUUAGCCUUCACACAUUUUCAAUGUCUGGACUACAGGCAGGCCAGUCUAGUACCCACACUCUUUUACUAUGAAGCCACACUGUUGUAACACCUGGCUGGACAUUGUCUUGCUCAAAUAAGCAGGGGCGUCCAUGAAAAAGACGUUCCACUUUGCAUCAGUCCAUCUUAAAUGAGCUCGGGCCCAGCGAAGCCGGCGGCGUUUCUGGGUGUUGUUGAUAAAUGGCUUUGGCUUUGCAUAGUAGAGUUGUAACCUGCACUUACAGAUGUAGCGACCAACUGUAGUUACUGACAGUGGAUUUCUGAAGUGUUCCUGAGCCCAUGUGGUGAUAUCCUUUGCACACUGAUGUGGCUUUUUGAUGCAGUACAGCCUGAGGGAUCCAAGGUGUGUAAUAUCAUGGCUUACGUGCAGUGAUUUCUCCACAUUCUCUCAACCUUUUGAUGAUAUUACGGAGCGUAGAUGGUGAAAUCCCUAAAUUCCUUGUUGAGAAAUGUUGUUCUUAAACAAUUUGCUCAGGCAUUUGUUGACAAAGUGGUGACCCUCGCCCCGUCCUUGUUUGUGAAUGACUGAGCAUUUCAUGGAAGCUGCUUUUAUACCCAAUCAUGGCACCCACCUGUUCCCAAUUAGCCUGUUCACCUGUGGGAUGUUCCAAAUAAGUCUUCGAUGAGCAUUCCUCAACUUUAUCACUCUUUUUUGCCACUUGUGCCAGCUUUUUUGAAACAUGUUGCAGGCAUCAAUUUCCAAAUGAGCGAAUAUUUGCAAAAAAAUAAUGUUUUCCAGUUCAAACGUUAAAAAUCGUGUCUUUGCAGUCUAUUCAAUUGAAAGGAUUUGUUGUAUUCUCUUUUUAUUUAACAUUUACACAACUUCACUGCUUUUGUACACAAGUAUACAGUACACAAGUAUACAGUACACAGUACACAAGUAUACAGUACACAGUACACAAGUAUACAGUAUGCAGUACACAAGUAGACAGUACACAAGUGUACAGUACACAAGUAUACAGUAUGCAGUACACAGUACACAAGUAUACAGUACACAAGUAUACAGUAUACAGUACACAAGUAUACAGUACACAAGUAUACAGUAUACAGUAUGCAGUACGUAUGACAUGAUGUGUAACCCUUAAAGGGGAAGUACGACACUUUGUCUUCUUGUGACUCACAAAGUUGACGUAAAAAGACACAUUGCACUUAAAUAUCUAAAGUAUUUAUCAUUUAGGAGACAGGAAGUGGAAAUCUUCCCUCCACUUUAUGAAUAUUUGUAUAAAGUUUCAUGUUCUGAUGCCUUUUCUGAAACAUUGUUUUUAAAAUGCCAAAUGUGUUUUAUUUGAAAUCAGGAAUUUUAUAAGACAUUUAUUGUUUUUGUGACAUUUAUUAAAUUGCUUUU